AGCGACAUCAACGAGGCAAACGACAGUUUCCAGAGUACACUGUCGGUCGGAACGCAUUCGCGACCACGGCUGAAACGACCGCAUUUCUCGUGGCGCCAAAGGUCGACCAGUCUGGCUGAGACCGGCUGGAAUCUCGGUCAUCGCGAAACCUCGCACUCGGGUGCAUAGAGAACGAAACCGACAACCAAAGAGAAGAGGCAAUUCUGGAUCCCGCAGCAUCCUCAGCUGUCAAGAUGCCUCGCCUCAAUCACAAGAAGGCGAGGACAGGCUGUCAGCGCUGCAAAGCGCGUAAAGUCAAGUGCGAUGAAGGCAAGCCAAAAUGUAUCGCAUGCAUGAGGCACAAUGUGGUCUGCGAAUAUGUCGACCCGCAGCCUCGCCGAUCAGACGGGCAACAGUCAGCACAACACAACUCAACUUUCCCGCCUUACAGUGCGCCUGGCAAUCCGCCUAAUGACUUCUUCAACCACAAUAUGGCCAAUGAGCUCACCCUUGAGCUUCGUCUGAUGCGCCAGUGGACCAUUGAAACUUGCGAGACAUUUACCGCCGACAAAGACUUCUGGCAAAAACAAGCUACAGAACUCGGCCUUACCCACCGCAUGAUUUUGGAUGCAAUGUUCAGCUUAUCCGCUCUCCACAUAUCGUGGCAGUCGCUCCCGGACGUGGCCAGAAGCCCCAAUGCCACAAGUGUCGGCACAGCAGUAAGACGAGAGAUGAUUAUCAAUGCCCAAAAGUACCUUCAGCGUGCUUUGGAUGGCCACACCGCAGCUAUGAGCACACUGAACAAAGAAAAUGCCAAGGCUGUGUACACCGCAUCAGUGCUUCUCUUGCACUACUCCUUCCUCAAUUUGGGUGAGAUCGCGUACGAGCCCACGCUCCCAGGCUACGAUCACACCUUUUGGACGAGACUUUCUGGCCACACUCAUUAUCUCUGCGACAAUUGGGCAGCUAUGGAAGGUGGCGAGCAGUCCAUGAAUGAGUUUGGCGUCUUUUUCGGCAGACCCAAUCUAGGAGAAGCUGAUCAACUCUUUAGCCAGGAGCAAGGCAAGCCCUUCACGGAGCUUCUCACUUUUGCAGAAGAGUAUGACAACAGCUCGACGGAUGAUAAGGCCAUCUACCAGAACAGCGUCGCAUACCUAGCUUGGAUACACAAGAGCAUUGCCAACGACACAGAGCCAGCAUUGCUCAACUGCCAACGACUUGUUGCGAUGCCCUCGCAACUCGGCCGACGAUUCACGGAGCUCGUUGAACACAGACAGCCGCGGGCGCUUUUGAUUCUCGCACAUAUAUUGGCCACGACCAAACUUCUUGCCAAACAACUUCCAUGGUUGCGCGAGAUAGCAGAGAGACAGAUUCCACCGCUCCAGCAACUGAUUCCUCCGGCGUGGCAAGAAAUGAUGAAGUGGCCUAUGGAAAUCACGUUUGGUCCGCAGCAGCCAGAGACAAUCCCGAACGACCAGCGCAACGGGUAUGCGUUCCGAGACGCUGCAGAGCUGGUAUCCGGUAACAAGGACCAAACAACACCAUCAUGACGAUACUAUCCCCUGAUCCGCGGUGUUCGCGACGAAUCGUGGUCGAGUGAUCAAAAACCUUUGACAACCUGGCCUCUUCUACAAAGGCGCUUGGCCGUCGCAAAGUUGAUGAGCGCGCUGUCCGAAGUUCAGAGCCACAUUGCUGCAGCAAAUCAAUUGCACAACAUUCUCGAGGUGCCCGCGCCACGGAAUGAAAAAGAGGAGUUUCCGCUCGUCCGAACCAAAAGUUGAAUCCUUCUCAGAAUGGGCGAA